CUACAUCGGGCUUUGCCCUCAGAAGACAAUAAACAGGAUUUAAAAAAAAGACGACACGUUCCGGGACAUAGAUUAAGAACAGAAUCGCAUCGAACGGGCCACUUGCGCCAUACGGUGCUACUAAGUGCGACUUAAGCUAUUUUUACCGAUAAAAUAUCGCAUGUCAUACAUACGCUAUCGUGCCGCACUGACUGCACAGACAUCUCACGCUCCUUUCUUUCCUCUUGUUCUCUGAGAGCCGUACUGGAGACAUGGCAGACCCAAAGGUUUGGUUUAUUACUGGUGUAUCGUCAGGGUUCGGGAGAUCAAUGACUGAACUAUUGCUCAACAAGGGCGAUAAAGUCAUAGCGACUCUUCGCCGUCCUGAUGCUCUAUCUGAUUUAUCAGCACAAUUCCCAUCCUCCCAGCUCUUAGUCCUUCAGCUUGACGUGACGAACAGCGCGGAAGUAUCAGCCGCGUUUGCAAGAGCAAAAGAAGCUUUUGGAAGGAUCGAUGUUGUGUUUAAUAAUGCAGGUCAAUGUGUAACAGGAGAGUUAGAGUCCUUGAGCGAGGAAGAGGCCCGUCAGAUGUUCGAAGUAAAUUUCUGGGGUGCUAUGCAUGUGAGCAAGGAGGCGGUGAAGUUCUUCCGAGAAAUGAACAAGCCAAUUGGUGGGAGACUGUUGCAGGUCUCGUCAAGGUUGGGAUUGGUAGGCGGCCCUGCGAAUGCCUUCUACAGCGCAUCAAAAUUUGCACUAGAAGGUCUGAGCGAGUCCUUGGCAUCAGAACUGGAUCCUGCGUGGAACAUAAAGGUCACAAUAAUCGAGCCAGGUCCAUUUCGUACCAAGAUAUUCAAAGAGAACCGACGCGUAGCUUCCCAGCACCCUGCGUACGCCAAUCCUGACUUGCCCAGUUCCCAGGCUCGGCAAUUCAUGGCGUCGGAUAAGAUCGAUGGAGAUGCAGACAAGGCAGUGGUGGCCAUUGAGAAGCUAACCCACCUCGAUGAUGUUCCUAUGCGCCUGCCACUGCACAGAAGAGUCGUUGCUUCAACAAGGGAUAAAAUCAAGAGCCUGACUGAGGAUGUGAAUAACUUUGAAAGUUGGUCCGAAGAUCUUUACCUUUAACAUACAUGUAGUGUAGCCAGCAGUUUUGGUACUCGUUCGAAUGUAUUUUGUACACAUUCAUGCAAUAAUCGCUCGAUUUUCUUUUAUGUAGGGACUGCUGCCUCUGUCAGAGAAUGAGCACUUUAAGUUAUUCCUGUACCCUCUUAUAGAGUACAGGUAUGGGGAAAUUUUUCUGUCAUCCCGAUGAUACUGGUUCAUGCC